AUGUUCGACACGGCCAUGUACCAGCUGGAGGUGGUCAAGAAGGACUAUGAUGCCCUGCGGGAGAGGUACAGCGAGGAAGUUGCCAUCCACCCCUCCGACCUGAGCCGCCUGGAGCAGCUGGAGGAGGAGAACCAGCGCCUGCUGAAGCAGACGGAGCUGCUGACGCAGCAGCGGGACACGGCCAUCCAGCUGCAGCACCAGUGCGCCCUCUCCCUGAGGAGGUGUGAGGCCAUCCACCAAGAGGUGGACAAGGCCACGGCCCAGAACAACGGCCUGCAGUGGGAGAUGGAGCUGCUGCAGUCGGAGUUGACCGAGCUGAGGACCAUCCAAUUAAAAACGGCCAAGGAGUCAGAGCAGUACAAGGAGGAGCGGGACACCGUGUACAGCGAGUACAUGCUCAUCAAGAGCCAGCUUGACCAGGUCAUCUCUGAGCUGGACAGGCUGGACAAGCUGCAGACCGACGUGGAGCUGGCCGAGUCCAAGCUCAAGAGCAGCACGUCCCAGAAGAAGGCGGCCAGCGAGGAGAUGGAGGCGCUGGGACAGGUCGGCAGUCGGGACGUGCGCGGCAAGACGGUGGAGGAAGUCUACGAGGAGAUGCUGAAGCCCAACGACGAUGUCCGUCUCAAGGUGCAGAACCGCCCUGAGUUCACCAAGGUCAAGGGCCUGCCUGGUGACAGCUUCUACAUCAGGGCCCUGUACGACCGGCUGGCAGAGGUGGAGCACGAGCUGAGCUUUAAGAAAGAUGUGACAUCAUCUACGUUGAUGACACUUUGCCUCAGGGCACAUUUGGGUCCUGGAUGGCCUGGCAGCUUGACGAGAACGCCCAGAAGAUCCAGCGCGGGCAGAUCCCCAGCAAAUACCUGAAAAGGACCCGCGAAGAUUCUCGGAUUCUCCGAUUCUCCGCCCUGAUUCUCCACCCUGCC